CGACGGCAAGGCCUCGCGGAAGUUGCCGCCGCUAAACUCCAUCCCCCGUCUCCAUUGCCCCGCUGAAUAAACCCCCGUCUCGAAUGGCGCCAACUAAUUAAAACAAUCUCUCUUGCCGCGGCCAUCGUAUAGAACAAGUCCUCCUUGUUGUUUACACCCACCAUGUGGCACCACUCCACGCCGCGCCGGCCAAGCCAUCGCUGCUUUUAAGACCCCUUCACUCCUCUCACUCCCUUUGAUGGCUUCUUCUUCCACCACGAGCCCAACCAAGAACAUCGCUGCAUUAGGCUGCUAGUAGCUGUACUCGGUCUAAAGAAGCAACAAGCUAGAUCACGUGAAGGGCCGUGCGGAUCGACAAGGGAGGAAGGAAAGGAGAUGGAUCGGCUCGUGAUACCUGAGCCGUCGAACGAGGUGGUGGUGCGGGUGGAGCCCGGGAGGCCGGCGAGGGGGGAGCUGACGCUGCGGAACGCGAUGCACACGAUGCCGGUGGCGUUCAGGCUCCAGCCGGCGGUGAGGGGCCGCUUCGCGGUCCGGCCGCACACGGGGAUCCUGGCGCCGCUCGCCGCGGUGACCGUGGAGGUGCUGUACCUGGCCUCGGCAGCGCCGGAGGGCCCCGGCGGCGGCCGCGGAGAGGACUCGUUCCUGCUGCACAGCGUGGUGGCGCCCGGCGCCGCCGUGAGGGAGCCCGUGUCGGCGCUGGACUCGGUGAACCCGGAGUGGUUCUCGGCGAGGAAGAAGCAGGUGUUCGUCGACAGCGGCAUCAGGGCCUGCUUCGUGGGCGCCACGGUGGCUGCGCGCCUGGUCGCCGCGGGAGCCGUGGAGGCGCUCAGGGAGGUGCUCGACAGGAGCGACCCUUCGUGGCGCGCCGCGGACGCCGCCGUCGACGAGUCCGGGAGCACGCUGCUCGACCUCGCCGUGGGCCUCGGCCGCGCCGACAUCGUCCAGGUGCUCCUCGAGUACGGCGCCGACGCGGACAAACCGAGCCGGGGGCGGACCCCGCUCGAGAACGCCGCGGCGUCCGGGGAGUGCCUCAUCGCGGAGCUCCUCCUCGCGAACGGCGCCACGCCCGCCGGCUCCGACGCGCUCCACGAGGCCGCCGCCGCGGGACACAGCGACGUCCUCAAGCUGCUCCUCGGGAAGCAGCAGCAGCCCGCUUCCGCUGCUUCCCCCACCUCCUCCUCCUCCGCUUCCUUCUCCGGUUCUUUCGCGUCCAUCGACGCGGCGGGGCGAGACGGGAAGACCGCCCUGCGCCUGGCGGCGGAGGCCGGGUGCCGGGACGCGGUGAAGUCGCUCCUCGCGGCGGGGGCGCGCGCCGACGCGAGGUGCGGCGCGGACGGCGGCACGGCGCUCCAUGCGGCAGCCAGGCGCGGGGACGAGGCCGUGGCGCGCCUCAUCCUGGCGCACGGGCCGGCGGGGACGGCAUCCGUGCGCGAUGCCAAGGGGAAGACGGCCUACGAGACGGCCGCCGAGGAAGGGCACAACGGGCGGAUCAUGGACUACCUGGGGCUGGGCGAGGCCAUCCUGGCCGCGGCCCGCAAGGGGGAGGCCCGCGCCGUGCGCCGCGCCGCCGACGGGGGCGCAUCCGUGGAAGGGCGGGACGCGCACGGGUGGACGCCGCUGAUGCGCGCCGCGUUCAAGGGGCGCGCCGACACGGUGCGCGACCUCAUCGGCCGCGGCGCCGACCUCGAGGCGUCCGACGCCGAGGGGUACACGGCGCUGCACUGCGCCGCCGAGGCCGGGCGCGCCGACGUGGUGGACAUCCUGCUGAAGAGCGGCGCGAACGCCAAGGCGACGACGAUGAAAGGGAGGACGGCGGCGGCGUCCGCGGCUGUCGCGGGGAAGUCUAAGGUGGUGCGGCUGCUGGAAAAGGCCGGCGGGGCCGGGAGGAAGGAUUUCGGAGCGAAGGCGGCGGCGCCGGUGGUGGGGAAGGGCGGGAGCAUGGACCGGAGGCGGAGGGCGAGGAAGGGGAGCAGCGGCGCCAUACGGUUCGGUGGUGGCGGGAAAGAAGGGUACGAAGCUGCCACGCUUACGGUGGGCUGGUCGCACUAGCUAGGUGUUCAAUAACUUGGGCUUGAGAUUCAGAAGAGCAUUUUGGUUCAGAUGGUCCUGCCUUAUAUCCUUGAAAAAACAAAAGGAUUCUGAGGUGUUUAUUUGGGAGUUGUGAUUAGUCUUGGAUGAGAAAUUUGUUUUGAAGGGAGUAAUGCAGAAGCAUGUGGAUUACUGUAAUAUUAUGUAUACAAAUUUGUAAAAAUGGAUUCCUGGAAUAGAGUUGUUCAAAGGUUUCUGUA